UUUGAUUUAAAGCAAAAAUAAAACAAAAAUUACGGACAUGUUUACAUCUACAUUAAACUAUAUAAUUGAAAUAAAAGAUUCUCUCAAAGAGUCCAUACUAAAUGAAGUCAAGUACGACGAAGAAAUCGAUUCAUGGUUAUUCGUAAACAAGCCAUGGCCAGUACUUGGAAUAAUCAUUGUAUACUUAUUGUUUGUGAUAAAAAUUGGACCCAAAAUGAUGGAGAAUCGACAACCAUACAAUAUUACUAAACUAAUUUUGGUUUUCAACUUUAUACAACUUACCUACAACAGUCUGCUUUGUUUAUGGAUUCUUUUGACUCCUGGUAUACCAAAGUAUAUAUUUACUCACCUUUGCCAUAUCACUAAAGAAACUCAACACGAAAGAUAUUUAAUAAAAUGUCUACAUACUGUUUCGUGGUUUUAUUUUAUAUCCAAGAUUGUUGAUUUAUUAGAUACGGUAUUUUUUGUUUUGAGAAAAAAACAAUCCCAUGUAUCUUUUUUACAUGUUUACCAUCAUACAAAAAUGGUGAUCUCGUGUUGGGUGCAUAUGAGGUUUUUUAAAAGUGAACAAGCAGCUUAUGGCGCGUGGCUUAACUCAAGUGUUCAUAUCGCUAUGUACGGAUAUUAUUUCCUUGCUGCUCUUGGCCCAUAUAUGCAAAAAUAUCUGUGGUGGAAAGUUUAUGUGACUCGACUACAAAUUGCUCAACUAUUCAUCGCAGUAGGCUACAUAGCAUAUCUGUAUAAAUAUGACUGCACCAUGCCACGAGCUUUAGCAUUUACCGUUAUUAUCGAUAUUAUUGCAUUUAUUUAUUUGUUCAUGGAUUUUUACAAGUCUGCGUAUAAGGAAGAUAAAGUAAACACAAUAAGCAUAGCAAACAAAAACAAUAAAGAAGAUAAAAUAGAUACUGUAGACAAAAUUAAAUCAUCAUAAGCAUGGAUUCUGUCGUAUAAUAUAAAUCGUUAUUUUAUAUGCAUUUUACAAAUACUUAUUAAUUAUAUCCAUACUUGGUCAAAAUUUUACAGCUUACUUAAAGUAAGUUUGAUCCACCAAAUGUGUGUAUCAAUAACAAGUCAAAUACAUUCGCGGGUCAAAAAAAUUAUAAUUCUAUUUAUAAACCACUUUGCCAAAAUGAAUUAAUUUUUUCUCUCGCGUUACCU